GGAACGACGGCUCAGAUCUCCUCCCUGUCGAGCAUCCCCUCAUCUUACCUCUACCGACUCACCCCCGUCGUCAGAAUGAUGUCUCAGUCUCUCCGGGCUUCGCGCUCCCUCUUCACCCGUGCCUCUCGGCAACAGGUCCCGGUCGCUCGCCGCACCUUCCUGACCUCCGCUGUCCGUCGCGCCGACCCCGUCCAGGACCUUUACCUCCGUGAGCUCAAGGCCUACAAGCCCACCCCCAUCAAGGCUGGCGACGCCGACGCCCACGUCCAGAAGUUCGCUCUGCCUAGCGCUCCCGCUUCCCCCGAGGAGGCCAACCUUGCUGGCGAGCUGUCCUCUUACGAGAGCCAGGUCGUUGAGGUUGAGGGUCAGGCCGCCGCUGGUGAGGCCGCCCCCGUUGAGGAGAGCUGGUUCGAAGAGGAUGAGGAAGAGACCCCUGCUGCUCACUAA